UUGGCUACUUACGCCACUCAUCCCAACCACCUCAGAGAAAGUUCUGGUUCAGAUACAAGGAUAAUUAUGGAGGAAUACGUAACUGAGAAAAGCACCAUCAUGCAAAUGUAAGUUGUGGGAUAGCACAGAUGGAAAACAUCCCAAAGGAGAGAAAAGAAUGAUUAGCUCUAGACUCGGGGUGGAUAAUGGAUGGGAGGAUGUCAACAAUACUCAUGCAGAAAAGGGACUUUUAGGUCCUCAGAGAGGAGAGAUGAAAGUAUUUGGCCAGUUGAUUUGGGGCCCGUUUCAUUUCCCUUGGAAAGGGAGUGCCUCGGCCGGCUGGGGGCGGCGGCUGAUUCUAGAGCGCAGGGAAACUGGUGCAGAGCUGGGAGCACAGGAAGCAGGGCCGACUGGCGCCUCAUGGCUUGGCUUGAGGCUCAAGGGAGCAGAGGAGAAGAGUCUACAUUUUCCUUUUGGGUCGCCCCGUCCUGCUCACCAGUCUUGGAAGGGAGACAGGCUUUCCAUCUGGUACUGCAGACUGCGAACUGGACUGGUGGGCUCCCUGGGCAGAGUCCCGCCCGGUGCUGCGCUGGGCAGGUGGUGGGUGGCGGUGGCAGCGAUGGAUGCUAGCGACGGAUGUGCGAGAGAGAGAGACAGACGGGACCGAUGGGGGGUAUAUGAUAAGCUGUGGGCACCAGAAUCGGAAACAAGACACAAGCAGACAUUCUUCCACCUACCCAGGAUAAUGCCACUGAAGACAGCCCUGUAUAGGAGAGGAAGAGCCCCGGAUUACACAUCCAGAGAUACGGGUUCCUGUGUGUGCUUUGCCCUGGCAUUGACCAUUUUGGUGUUGUUUUAGUGUCUCAUUUGAUAAAUAAGGAAAUUGGAGCAGAUGAGCAACACACCUCCAUAAUUAUGUGUUUUGAAAUCCUUAAAUGAGAUAAAUCUAUUGAAUGUCUGUGAAAGGCCAGACACUAUUAUAAUUCUAACUUAUUUUCAGCUAUGUAAGUGAUAUAAUUGGUUCUAGUUAAGUGCAUUUUCAUG